GCAACGUGUCCAUUUAUCUCGCCGGAUCGACGCACAGGACAGAGACAAGGCUGAUUUUGAGAAAGACGUCAGAUAGAACAGUGGACGAAGCUUGAGUCGAGAAAUUAAGCUCACCGCCCGCAUCCGCAGCUCACCAUGAGGGAAAUCGUUCACAUCCAGGCUGGACAAUGUGGAAAUCAGAUUGGGGCAAAGUUCUGGGAGGUGAUUAGUGAUGAGCACGGCAUCGACGCUACCGGUAGUUACCAAGGUGACAGUGACCUGCAGCUGGAGCGGAUAAAUGUCUACUACAAUGAGGCCUCAGGCAGCAAAUUUGUUCCCCGAGCCAUCUUGGUGGACCUGGAGCCUGGAACCAUGGAUUCUGUUCGCUCUGGCCCGUUUGGACAGCUCUUUAGACCUGACAACUUUGUCUUUGGUCAAAGUGGAGCCGGAAAUAACUGGGCCAAAGGUCACUACACAGAGGGAGCUGAGCUGGUGGACUCUGUGCUGGACGUGGUGAGAAAGGAGUCUGAAAACUGUGACUGCCUUCAGGGCUUUCAGCUUACACACUCCCUGGGUGGAGGCACAGGUUCAGGGAUGGGCACACUGCUUAUUAGCAAGAUCAGGGAGGAGUACCCUGACAGAAUCAUGAACACAUUCAGCGUCAUGCCUUCCCCGAAAGUGUCUGACACUGUGGUGGAGCCUUACAAUGCCACCCUUUCUGUCCACCAGCUUGUGGAAAACACAGACGAGACGUUCAGCAUUGACAACGAGGCCCUGUAUGAUAUUUGCUUCCGCACCUUGAAGCUAACCACACCAACCUACGGAGAUCUAAAUCACCUAGUGUCAGCCACCAUGAGUGGGGUGACCACCUGUCUUCGCUUCCCUGGCCAACUCAAUGCCGAUCUCCGCAAGCUUGCCGUCAACAUGGUGCCUUUCCCUCGCUUGCAUUUCUUCAUGCCAGGCUUCGCACCUCUCACGAGCCGGGGCAGCCAGCAGUACCGGGCCCUUUCCGUGCCGGAACUCACUCAGCAAAUGUUUGAUGCCAAGAACAUGAUGGCAGCUUGCGACCCCCGCCAUGGGCGCUACCUCACAGUGGCAGCCAUCUUCCGCGGGCGGAUGUCCAUGAAGGAAGUGGAUGAACAGAUGCUGAGUGUCCAAAACAAGAACAGCAGCUACUUUGUAGAAUGGAUUCCCAACAAUGUCAAGACAGCUGUUUGCGACAUUCCCCCUCGUGGCCUAAAGAUGUCCGCCACCUUCAUCGGGAACAGCACAGCCAUUCAAGAGCUCUUCAGGAGAAUCUCAGAGCAGUUCACUGCCAUGUUCCGUCGCAAGGCCUUCCUUCACUGGUAUACUGGAGAGGGAAUGGAUGAGAUGGAGUUCACUGAGGCUGAGAGCAACAUGAACGAUCUGGUGUCAGAGUACCAGCAGUACCAGGAUGCCACUGCGGAUGAAAUAGGCGAAUAUGAGGAAGAUGAAAUAGAAGAUGAGGAAGAUGUGCGGCAUGAUGUCCGCCACUGAUUACACAAUGACACUGAACUAGUUCUAGAACUCAUGAAAUAUGCUUGAGAUAAAGAUGUUUAAUUUGAUAUUGCAGAGUGCAAAUUAUAAUGACAUCUGUUGCUUAGUCUAAAUAAUGCUGCUAAAAAACAUUGCUAUUGUCAAAAGUAAUUAUUGGUGUUAGGACCUAAUAAAACUAGGGAAUUAUGUAUUUUUUCCAUAAUAAUGCUUUGCCAAUGUCAGAACAAGCACAGACUUGUUCUUAACUUAGUUUUGUAACAAAUACUUCAUCAUGCAUCCAUGAUCUACAGUGACCAAUAAAAUAUCCAAACUAA